AUGCUGCUGACACAUGAUCAUGAAACACAAAAUAAAUUAUCAGAGAAAAAUCAGCAACUUGUCCCACUUUUCACGGUAACUAUCAUUAUUAAGUUAUAGAUGAGUACUCUGUGGUUAUUAGAAAGUGAGUAGCAAGAAAAGUACUCAAUUACCAAGUUUGCUAUAAUAAUCUUAUAUAUUCAUUUCUCAUCAAUCUCAAUCUCAUAUUUUAAAGUGCCCAUCACCUAAAAUUUUAUAUUUUCUUAUCUGAAACUAUACCUUAUUGAAAUGACUUCUGCGAAAAAAUUUUGCGGUUUGAACUAAACGCGAUUUUUUUACCAAUUUUUGAAGUCUACGUUUUCGCAGUACACUUGCGCCGCUGAUCAUGCAAACUAGCAAGCUCACAUAUGACGUCGUGUGGUGUAAAUUAAGGAACUCGCAUUACCUUGCCUUCACCAGCUGUACACAAAAAAGAUAAAUUUCAAGUAAGGAUUGAAUCACAAUGUCUUCAUAAGAAGAAAGUUUUUCUGAAAAAGAAAAACCUAUCAGAACUCUUAAUGUUUUCCUGUCGAUAAGGUCACGUGCCCAAAUGGCAGCAAAUUUGAACGUUUUUAAAAAAUUCUCGAAAAAUCAUCUUUGGCUCAAAUCGCAAAAUUUUUCCUCAGAAGUUAUUUUGAUAAGGUGUAGUUUCAGAUAAGAAAAUAAAAAAUUUUAGGUGAUAGGCACUUUAAAGUACACACAAGCCACAAGGCCCACACUAACAGUCAGGUUCUACUGAGGUUCUGUUGUGAACCUAUAUACUGUUAGUAUUACAGUAUAAAACUGGGUUAAGGCAUUUCCAGGACAUUGGUGGCAUUGUUAUGCAAUGUUUUAGAGGGCAGUAAUUGUUAUAGCAGGGUUCUUAACUAGAUGCUAAAAGCUAAACUGCACAAUAACUAUGCAGGGUGCAUAGUGUUACCUGUGAGCCUUAUCUGUAUAAUCUUAUAAAUUGCCAUAAAAAGCAUUAAUGAUGGUAUUUUGUAAUGUAACACUAAAAUGAACAAAUCUACACUUUAACUUAACUACACAAAAUAAUAAUAUAAAAGAGCUCUUUAAUUUUAGUUGCCUCUUAUUAUUAUCACUAAGUUAUGAUGAUGAUGAUUAUUAUUUAAUUGUUGUAAUUUCUUUAAAAUUUGUAUUUCAGGCAUCAAUGCCUUGUCUAGAAACCAUCAAACCAAUAUAUCAUGACAUGAAGAAGAUACUUGGAACAAGAUAA